GCAGACAUUAUUCACUUCAGGAAGCUCAUUCAGAAGGUGCUUAGCAUAAGAAGAGGAAAAGCCAGCAUGGCAGCAGACAGUGAUGUGGCUCCUGAAGGAAAGUCAAGCGCUUCUCCUCCCAAAAGGGCUGUCCACAAGAUCCAAAUGGCCAGCGGAGUCUACAGCUUGGCACAAGGUUGGCAGCAGUGGGUAUCUGACCACCACAUAAAGCAAGCCCAAGAGCCUUCUGGAUGGGUUCUCCCUGCAGAAGACUCAUCAGCUCAGCCUGUCCAAGAAAGAUCCUUUGAAAAAUGGUCAAUUCCAUCUGUCAAGAGGGACCAAGGAAAAGAUGACAAAAAAUCCUCAGCCAAGGAAUCACUGACAGUAAGAGAUGCUGAAAAAAAUUCAAGGGAAUCAGAUGAAGCCCUCAAAAAGUUCAGCAUUAAAAGCAAAGAGGUGACCAAAACCGUUGUAAGCAAAGCCUAUGAACGGGGAGGUGACGUUAGCCUUCUCAGUGAAAGGUAUGAGAAAAACAAUAGCAAUUCAGAGAUGACCAAGCUCAAAGAAGAAUCCAGUGCUGUUGACAAAAUUCUUGGUGGCAAAUUAUCUCCAACCAUGAGGAGAAAGUGUUCAAACAUGGUAUCAGAGCUGACCAAGGGCUGGAAACAGGUGGAACAAGAGGACAAAAGGGAGGCUAAGGAAAAUCUGCUACUUAAGUGCCAUCGUGACAGCGUAGAUACAGUGGACAGUGGCUAUGGGGAAGCAGAGGACAAACUUGAGCAAGAAGACAGUGACCGAGAGGUGACAGCUGUGAGGAUUAAACGACCUAUGCCAUCUCUGGCAAGCAGGUUUAGUGAAGAAGCACGCACCCAAGCCCACAGGAAACACAGCGCUGUCAACAGCCUGAAGGAUAGAUGGCAAGAAUGGGCCGACCAGCACAUCGUAACACAGAAGCUGAACCCCUUCAGCGAAGAAUUUGACCAUGAGUUGGCCAUGUCCACACGCCUGCACAAAGGAGAUGAAGGCUAUGGCCAUCCAAAGGAAGGAACCAAAACUGCUGAAAGGGCCAAGAGAGCAGAGGCCCACAUCCACCGGGAGAUUAGAGACAUGUGCUUCAUCAUUGAAUCAAUGGCUAAACCACAGCCCGACGGCAAGAUCCAAGUCACUUUCGGGGAACUCUUUGAGAGAUACGUUCGUAUUUCAGAUAAGGUUGUUGGGAUUCUCCUGAGAGCCAGGAAACACGGGCUGGUGGACUUUGAUGGAGAAAUGUUAUGGCAAGGAAGGGAUGAUAAUGUCAUAAUUACUUUAUUAAAAUAGGUAUGCUACUACCAGAACAAUUUGCUUUGGAAAACCUCUCUCUACUUCCCCUUUGCUAUUAGCAUUUGCACAUUUUGAAUACAAGACUCCCCUGCUCACCCACAAGUGAUAAUGAGCCUUUUUCUAACUACGUAUUUUAUAACUACUGUGUGGUAAUGCAAGCGUUCAAAUGGAUUUUUCUCUAUACUAGAAGGGCUUGUAGGACACUUCAGUUGGUUAUUACAUGAAAAAUAAAGAGAAAAAUCCAUAUUGAAUAUAAGCAGCUGAUUAUUAAACCCCAUAACAACAAAUGAAUUCUAAUUGUUAUGUGUUUUGAAGAUUUUCCCAGUUAUUUAAACUGGGAUAUCAGGAAUGCCAGAUCAGAAGUUCAAUGACAAUAUAAAAUACGACCAAGUUCUUUGUCAUGAAAGUGAUCUUGUGCAUGUAUUUUCUAAAUAAUUUAUUUAAAUGAAUUUAGAAUAGUUUGAAUACAGAAUCAAGGAUACCACAUCUGUUUCCUUUACAAGCAGGAUACUCAAAUACUACUGGAGUAUUAUCUGGUUGCAACUAGUGACACAACUUUCUCUUAUAUAUCACAUACAAACUUAGACAAAAUAGCUUUUUAUAAAUUCAGUUUUAUAUUUUAUUUAUAUAUAGUUAUUUCUAGAACUAAUUUAUUAGUUUUAUAUCUAGAAUUAUGGAUGUUGGAGAGAAAACACCCAAUAGAAUGUAAUGCACACAAAAAAAUUCUGAUAGUCACAUAGAAAAUACCUCCUAUGAAAUGCUGUGCAAUGCAUCAUAUAAUUUACCUAUGUAAAUAGUAUUUAUAAAUAUAAGGGAAAACAACAUGUAACAUAACAAAAACAGUCAGGUACUUGUACUGUUGUGUAUAACAAAAAAGUUCCUACAAUUGGCCUCCUCCAUUGAAAUAUACUUCUCUGAGAAAAGACACAAACACCAUUUGAAACUGGAAUCAACAAACUUUAGGAAAAUGGUGUUCAUAUUACAGAGAAACUCUGGUCUACUUUUACAGCACUUGUCAGCUGAACCAUUCUGAUGUUACGAAAAUAAUAUAUUUCAGUCCAGGUGAUGCUGAAGAGGAGUAAAUGCUAAUUAACUGAUACUUCUAGUUGUUAAAAUUGUUUGUAUUAUGUACAAAUUUGAGACACAAAUCUAUAGGGUCUCCAAUGCUUACUGGAUUAUAUAGAUCACUGUUUCUCUAAACUACUACUGUAAAAAUAGCUAUCCUACUAAAAAUGUGAUUAAUUUAAAAAACAUUUUUCAGAACAAGAUGCCUGGGCAAGUAAUUUGCAUAAUGAAAAAGCUUUUUUCUCCACCCCCAAAAAAAGAUUAUUUCAAACAGAAAGAGCAAAUACUUUCUUACAGAAGAAAAUAUGUAUGAAAACAUCUUGUCUGUGUGAUAAAACAAAUAUUGAGAUCUUAUUACGAGUAACUAUACUCUGGUUUGAAACUCCAAUGGACAAAUAAGUAAAAUACUCUCUAAGUCGGUGAUACAAGAACUUACGAGUAUGCAUAUUGUAAGUCUAUGUAAAUAAUGAAUAUUUUAGACACAGUUGUAUGUUGUGAACCUAAGGAACUAAAAAAAUCAUUAUAAGAUGGAUUCAGCAGAACUUACUCAAUAUUUUCUCAAGAUCUCCGACUACUCAAGCUGACCUGCAAAACUGACCUUUUGAGUGCAAUACUUACAUAUCAUUAUCUGCAUGUUCUUGUCUUAUUCUUUAUGUCUUUAUAUAACGACCUUCGCAGAUGUCUAAAUUGUCUUGAGGAAAUUUGGUUGUCAAAGCAAUACAUGAACUAUAAAUAAAACCCUUAAUUGACAA